UAGAGAAAGGAUAAAAAACUGGCGCUCUCUUCCACUCAAGUGGUUCCAGUUGUCCCAAAAUGAACCUCCAAAGUGGUUUUGUCUUUGCGGUGGCCGUGGCUUUGGGCGCUUUGGUGGCCGUUGAAGGCCGUGCAGAGAGCCCUAGUGGGCCCAAAACGGACUUCCGGUCGCUGGAGCCACAGAAUUUGGUUGGACCUGGCGUGAGAAAUGGAAGUCAAGUGGUUAGAGGAUCGCCAACGCUAACUACGCCAACCCCUGAAAUUAAACCAGACUUGAAUGACGAGUGCCUCCGGGGCAGUCGAGCCAUGCUGGAUGUGCUGACAACCCUUCAGCGAGUGAGCGAGCGUCUGACGGCAGUGCAAACUUUGGGCCAAGAGCAAGCCCGUCGUUUUGAAGCGCUCGACUAUCGACUGACCCGUCUCGAAGUGCAAGAACAGGAAAGGGCCGAGUCUCUUCGCACAAUGCUCUCGGACGCGUCCCGCAGCGCCCAGCAACUCACUUGGCAGGCUGGACAAAUGAACUCGGCCCUGGAGACGCUGCGCCAGGGUCAGGACGAGCACAAACACGCUCUCAACGUGCUUGCAACCAACCCCCAGCCAAGCACAGGUCAGAAUGCUGUCAAGGUGAAAGGAAGCGGCGAAAUUCUGCAGAAGAUACAAACGCUGUCAAACGCAGUACUUGGGACUAAGGCGUCAAUGUCAUCCCUUACUGAGAAAACUGCAGACCUUGUGAAGAAUGUGACAACUCUGACGGGCCUUACCAGGAGUUUGCAAAGCGGCCAGACUAACUUGCUGACCCGCCAAGCUUUUGCUUCGACAGUCACCGAACUAAAACUUUUGAAUACUGGUUCUGGAAUCCAACAUGCUCAGCAGCCCAAAACUUCAGAAGACCCACUCCCGACUGACUGUGCAGAAAUUAAGCAAGAGGGUCGCUUUAAAAGUUCAGGGAUCUAUCGGAUUCAACCGGCAACUUCCCCGAGACCCUUUUUUGUUUUCUGUGAACUAGUUGACCGCGGAGGCGGAUGGAACGUGAUUCAAAAUCGUUUCGAGGGUAGUGUUAACUUUUAUCGCGAGUGGCUGGACUAUAAACAUGGAUUUGGAAACAUCGGCGGCGAGUUUUGGCUUGGCCUGGAUAAAAUGCACCAACUCACAAACGAUAAGGUGAACGAGCUUGUCGUCGAACUGCAGGAUUUUACCAAUCAAAAGGCUUUUGCCCAGUAUUCGGCAUUUGCAGUUGGAUCCGAGGUCGAGGGUUUCGCGCUCUCUUUCCUCGCCGGUUACGAAGGGGAUGCAGGCGACUCACUAAGUUACCAUGCCGGCAUGAAGUUUUCAACGCGAGACGUGGACAACGACCAGUGGAUGGACGGAAACUGCGCCGCCACUCAUUCAGGCGCUUGGUGGUACAAUGGGUGCGACACUAGUAAUCUCAACGGAAUGUACCUGAACGGCGAGUUACCAGAAGAGCACGAGUACAAGGGCAUGUAUUGGUAUGACUGGCAUGGGCCGUCCUACUCAUUGAUGAGCUCUAGAAUCAUGAUCAGACCCAGAAAGGAGCCAAUCGUUGUUAAAAAACCGCCAAAUAACGCUACUGUCAGUAUAAAGGAAGGCAAACGGCUGACUGACAAACAGAAGGCAGAGCCUGGACUCAGGGUUGCUUGACUUAAAAAAAAAGACGCAAAUAAUAUUACUUUCUGCAUAUCAUUUUAUGAUUUUAAGUGCGGGAAUAUGGUCUUCCAGUAUUUGUUUACUGCGGCGGUUUUGGAUUUUCAAAGCAAAAAUUGCAAUAACAAUAUUGUGGUGAAAAGAAGAUAAGAAAUUAAUUGCCGAAUGGUGGUAAUAAAGUCUCAGAAAAGAAUCGAUUCGCUGCUUCUUUACAGCCAUUCCCAAAGGGUUAUGUCAGAGCUUUUUCUGUAAUAAAAGUCAUAAAAAUCUAUGAUAUCAACUGCCUUGAACUUGGACUCCUCCUACCGCUGAAGCAAAAUGGCCCUUAGUUAAUCCAGCAUACAUUCAUCAAAUUAAUUAAUAAUUAAAACGUGAUUAGCUAAGCAGCUGAGAAUUACCAUCGUACACUCUGGUCAAAACAAGUGGAUUAAAAUUUCUGGCACAUGACAUACUUUAUUGCUUUUGGUCAUGAAAUUUAUGAAAUUUAUUUCAUCACCUUACAGGUACGCUGAAGAAAUUUUGAUUUGCGCGUGCGGCACAAGGAAAUUGUUUUUAUCAAUUAUCAGUUAUAGGAAAACUAUCAAUCGGAAGGCGUAAAUCUGAUCUACAUCUACGCUGCUAUAAAGCGGGGAUGACGUAAGAGACUAUAGAGUAAUCCCCUUUGAUCUCACCAAAGCACUAAUUUUCAAUAGAUAACAACGCAGUAAUGAUUAAAUUUGCAAUUUUUUGAUUGAACGCAAUUAACUUUAUAGCACUUCUUGCUAAAGACAUUGAGGAAAAUUUUUAAGUGUAACAAAAAUUUAUUUGUGGGAUUUUAUUAUUUAAUUUUAAUUGAGCUGCUGAAAAUGGACAGCACUUUAAAGAAUUGUGUUUCUUCAACAUCCAAAAGUGCGUCAUAACUAAACCGUCACAAAGAUAAGAAUCAGGCUAAUCCGAAAGGAACAAUUACAAUCCACUCCGGGUUGAUAUAAAUUGCUCCGAGAAUCUACUGCGUCAGGCAGUUGAUGAAAUUUGUCCGCGCGAAAAUGAAGCACCUGUAUAGUCUUUUGGUUGCAGCAGUAUUAUGGACGCUUGGUGCAAACGCAGAGAAUGGCGUUUUAUUUGACAUGUCCGCAGGAGUCCCUGCAGGGAUCAAAACUAGCUGUAACUUGGUUAGCAACCCAGGAGUGUGGACAACCGACGACGCAUCCAACCAUCAGUCAACGGAGAAUGGACAAGUACUGGUGUCGCAGCCAAGAAUCCCCUCUUGCAUGGGAAUGUCAACAGCCAUUGAAAUGCAAAGCAACUUCACCAUCCAAAUUAAAUUCUUAAUUGUGCCUCUAGAUAAUUUCAAUCAAAAUGCAAGAUCCAAAAUUGUUGUCUACUUGGUAACAGAGGGCGGGCAGGAGCCACCGAUUACUUUUGAUCAAUCAGCAAUUGUGCCUGGCUGGCAGGAAGUGACAAUUCAAGUUUCUAGCAGUGGACUUAAAUUCCCAGGAAAUUACAUGGUUGAAAUUGCAUCACAGACUACACGUGUAGGUGUUGAAUACACUGCGAUUCAAUGGUUCAGUGUUUCUGAUGAAAAACUUACACCAACUACAACCCCUGCACCGACAACCACCCCUUCCUCUCCUCCUACAACCCUUCCAACCACCGCUCUCCCAACAACUACCACUUUGGCCCCUCCUACAACUACAACCCAGCAAACCACCCUUUCCCUAACGACAUCAGCUCUUACAACUACAAAUUUGGAAACCAGCCCUCUGCCAACCACAGCAACUCAAGCACCUACAACUACAACCCCUGAGCCAACUACCACUUCAUCUCCUACAACCCAAUCAACCUCUCCGCCUUUUGCAAAUACAAAACCGACAAUUCUUGAAACAACCCCUGUGAGCAUAGUUUCUCCUCCAGUGACCACACCACCCCCUCCAGGAUCGAGUGCUUCAAAUAGAAACACUUUCCCAGAACUCUGGAGCUUGCUGCUUGGCAUUGCGAUCGGUAUCACAGGAAUGUGCAUUGUAUACUUUUCCACCCUUUGCUGUUGGUGGUUAAUUGUGGCACUCAGGAAACCGCGCGAGGCUGUUAACGCCAAAUUUGUGCUACCCAGACUGGAGGUUGUAUCAACUUCAAGCCAUAAAAGCAUUACCGGCUCUUUCAGCUCGCAGACAAACGCAGACCCUUUUUGGCUAAAAAGUAAGCAGUGGUCGCAUAUUCCCUGAUAAUGAUAUAUUUAUGUCCUAAUUCUGAUUAUAGUACAAUGUGUAAUAAGAAAUGAGACUGAUUAUAAUUAUGUACGACUAUUAAAAGCCUCACUAUUUGUAUCAAUAAAAUAAAAAAGGAAAAAGUGACUUACUUUUGUUACAACAAAAUCUUCAAAUUCCACGAAGAAUGAGGCAUCAAAGGCGGCAAGCAAAGAUGUGGAUCUGAGAGAGAUUAACUUGAGUUUAAAGUACAAGUGAUGACUGGUUAAAUCCACUUACCCAAUUCCGCAGCAGCUGUCAGCGCCAAUGGGUUUAUUUGGCUGAGGGCUGAUAAAGAAUUUGAGGUUCCCUCUGGACCAAGAGCCUGAGCAAAUUAAAAGGAUUUAAAAAAAUUUUAAUAUAGAUUUGUUAAAUUAUUUGUAAUAAUCACUUACAGCAAGUGCCGCAGCCCUGUUUUGUGCAAGUUCAGGAAUCCAAAUUACAUUUUUUUUGCUCUCCAUGUCCUUCAAAAGAGCUGAGAGCUUGCUCUGCAAUUGCACAGCCAACGAGUCAACGUUGAGCUGUAGAAGCGCCACACAAAG